AUGGAGAGCAGCUACCAGGCGGUCAUCGCCAGCGUGGACCGCGUGCGGUCCGCGCAGCUGGCCCUGGCCCUCCUCAACAUAGACGGCGAGCUAGCCCUAGGCGGCCGCAUCUGGCGGUUCCACUUCCACUCGGGCGCCGGCGCCGGCGCCGACCCGUACCGCGUGUGCCAGGCCCUGUAUUCCUGCAGCCGGGCCGCGGUGCCCCAAGGCACCUGGGUCACCAUGGACGGCGCCCGCGACCUGGCGUACGUGGUCAGGCACCUCAACGGCGGCGCCCUCCCGCCCGACCGCCAUAGGUUCCUGCACCUCUGCAACGUCUUCUUCCCGAACCUGUACGACCUCAAGGUGCUGGCGGAGUGGUCCACCGCCGAGGACAUGGAGCCGCCGCUCUUUGACGCCGGAGCCCCCUCCUCCUUGUUUGCUCGCUUCCUUGCUCUGGCCAGGAAGCGGCAGUUGGACCUCAUGGUAGGGUACAACGCCUUCCUGUCGGGCCUGGGCGCCGCCGACGAUCCCCGUUUAGUCACAUACAAGCGGUGGAGGGCGGAGCUCCUGGAGAGAAAAAGGAGGGUGAGGGAGAUGCUUCGCCAGAAUGGCCACGACGAGGCAUAUUUGCAAAAGACGCGUUGUUACCUACUUGUGUAA